AUGAGAUCAGAAAUGCAAUAGGAAAUAUAAUAAAGAGAAAAAACUAAAAGAAAAUUAAAGAAACCAUCAUGGAUAUUUGGAGAAGAUAUUGGAGUAGGUAUUAAGAAAUUUCCAUUCAGAAUUAGAUGGACAGGAUGUGAAUGUGUAGAUCAUUCUUUUUUUAUAAUCUCUAAUUAUUUAGAAAAUCAUAGUAAACAUCUAUUAUUUUUGAGGAAAUUAUCAGUGAUUAUAAGAUACUUAACUAAGGCAUAUAAAACUGAUGAGGAUACAUUAUCAAGAGCUUGGUCAAUAUUUUGCUGUUAUUUAAAUGAAAAAGAAAAAACAAUUAUUUAAAAUAGUAUGUCUAUAUUAGAAGGAAUUAAAAGACUUAAACUAAAAGAUUAGAAUGCUGAAAAAUGUCGUAUCUACUUCAUUUAGUAUGUUGAGUAAUAUGAUAAUGAAUUACUUGUAAAAUUAUAAUAAGAAUGGUAAAACUAUUUGGAAGGAUAAUCUAAAGUAUUAUCUUUAUGGUCAAAUAAUCAAAUAUUUUCUACUAUUGAAUUUUAAGAACUUGAUAUACAUGAUAAAUAUUAUGCAUUAACAAGUAUGGCUAAAAAUAUUUAUGCUCUCUAACACUAUUUUCCAGUUGCUACCAAAAUUUAUAAUACAGGUAUUGAGUAUAUAUUUAUAUUUUAGUUUAUUAAAAAUAAUUGACUAAAGGAAAGGAUUUUCUUAAUUAAAUGCAAUCUAUAUAUAUAGCUUCAGGAAUGUAUUCACUUCCAUUUGAUUAAUUAUAUACUAUAAAUAAGUUAGAAGAUGAAGUAAUAAAAGUGAAAAAUAAAGAAAUUAAGUUCAAAUAUGCUUAUGGUAAAUUUUCAUAGAAGAGUUGA